AUGGCGACCCCAAAUCCCGUCCGACUCCCGCACAUCCACCUGCUGUCCAUGUACAGGAGGUUUGGGGAUACCUUUGAGGCCGCGGCGGCGGAGAACCCCUUGCCCGACGCCGUGAACUACAGCAUCCACUACUACUCGUUCGAGAAGCUCCCCGCGUCGGUCAAGUUCGACGCCGUCGUCUCCCCCGCCAACUCGUACGGGAGGCUCGACGGGGCCUUUGACGACGCCAUCUCGUGUGCGUUCGCACCCGGGGACGACUACCACGCCCUGACCAGGGCGACGCAGGAGGUGCUCUACCGACGCUGGCGAGGUUUCGCUCCGCCAGGGACUUGCACGGUCGUACGCAUCCCUGACGAGUUCCACUCCAGGUCCAAUAACCAGUGGGAUACCAAGUAUGUGGCCCUGUGCCCUACCAUGAGGGUCCCGAUGGACGUGCGGUGGGAUCGAGAGGUCGUGUACGAGUGCAUCUGGAGCCUUUUAUGUGCGGUGGACAAUCACAACCGCGACGUUCGUGAAGGCAGAGCUGCUGCGGGAGAGACGGAGAUUACGAGCCUGCUCAUGACGCCGCUCGCAACAGGCUGUGGACUCGUCACCUACGAGAGAUGGGCGGCCCAGUUGGUGCUGGCGCUCAAGCAUUAUGUGGAAGCAUGCGAGAAUCCGUCGGAAUGGAGCUCUCUGGGGUGGGGGACAAUCCUCUCUCGAGGGGCAGAAAUUGAUAAGACAGUAGAUUCGGGGACUGUGUCCAGUUAG